AUUUCGUCGUCGAAAACAGGAAAGAUGUACUUAUUUAAUAUGCUGCUUGCGCUCAAUUAACAGUGUUAACAAUUUUUUUCGCGGUUCGCAUGUAGUCCGACCUUUAAAAUUGCAGUAAUAAAGAAAGAUUAUCCGGUAUUAAAAACAGGUUUGUGUUUCCCAAGCUAAGUUUGUGCAUAUUUAAAUUGAAUUUGUGUCUAAGAUCUCAAGAUUUAAACAGGGAUUACAUCGACUCGCAGAUUAUGGGGCAUUCCUCGAAUGGAUACGUAAAUUCUUCUAGAAAUAUUUCCGAAGAAACAAAAUCAUGGAAAGACGAAUAUCACAAGAGAUUUUUAGAAGCAUACAUUCUCGUUUCGCUCGUCUGUAUAAUCGCCAACAUACUUAUAAUAUUUGUCAUCUUAAAGUACAAGCGGUUACGUCAAGAAAAGUGGAACAUUAUUAUCUUGAAUUGGGCCAUAAUUAACUGCCCACUUAUGAUGACUGCUCCUAUAACGUUUGGUUUAGCUGUUUAUGCAUCGCAUUUGGUGCCACAAAGCGCCUUUUGUUUUGUAUAUCAUAUGGAAUUUACUUUGUUUUUGAUCGACAUCGUACUAAUUGUGAUUCUAACCGUUUAUUGGUACAUGAAAUUAUACCACACCGAAAAACAUAAGAAGUUUGAUCAGCAUAUCAAAUGCGUUUUAAUAUUCGUUUACAUUUUCUUAAUAUCACUCACAGCUUUGAAUAUAGAUGCUUGUUUUAAUUCGCGGAUUUUCACACUGACGGGACUAAUUUUGGUCAUCACCUAUUUGGCGUUUGUUUUGUUUAUGCCCAUUAUAAAUAUCGUGCAUGCUGUGAAAAAACGGAGACUAGUAGACUACAGCAAUCGGAAAAAUGUUCCGUUUAUGCUGUCUAAUAUACUGUUCUUAUCUCAUUUGCCAGGUUUUUUAGUCUUGUUCGCCACACCUUUCCUCAGUCCUUUUACGAAUCAGAUACUAUCGAGCAUAGCCUUCUUCAUUGCAAUUUUGAAUCCUGUUUAUUUUUUCAUAGUUUUGUAUCACGGCGACAGAAAUUACAACAUAUUUUUAAAGCACGUGUUUAGCUGUAGAUGCAGGGAAUACAACGACGAACUUGUAGAACAACCUGUCAGUUAUAACAAUGGAGUUGAGAAUAAAUGCUGAGGGAAUGUUAA